UAUAUGGCAAGGGGGGAGUUUCUCUUUACCCGCAUGUGAAGGCAAGAAAAAGCUACAGUAGAUCUGAGCUGCUCGUAAAGCAGAGAGGACGUGAGAGAAGGGAAAAUAUAUAUAAAGCUGAUCUUUUUUCAAAACAAAAAAAAGUGGGAUGAAAAAAAGAGCAUUAAAAAAGGACAGGAAAAGAAGGUCGUAAAACAGGAAAGCAAAGGAUCGUUGAAGAGGAAAAAAAGGAGCAACAGAAGCAAUCUCAGCUUCCCAGCGUAUGCAUGACUGAGUGAUUCCAUUCAGAGAGAUACUUUAGGAAUACAGAUCAGAAGGGGGACCUUCUGUGGUUUUGUGGCUCGACCUUAGAUCCCUUUCUGUGGAUCUCAUGUGGAUUAUGCUUGCAAGAAUUAGACUGGGCUACACAAGGAUAUGAUGAGAGUAACAACACAGGCAAGGCAAAUAUAUGAUUAGAAGGAAGCAGGUUCAUUGCAAAUACAUAAAACAAUCUUUGCAAGUUUUGUUGAAGCUUGGGUGUUUACCUUGCAAGAACACAUGAGGAAGAUGUUGAAUUUCAGAGCCAUGUAAAGGACGUCAGAGUGCAGGAGGACUCAGACACCAAAGAGAGUGUGGGCUCCAUCUCUCUUCCUUUUUCCCUCCAACAUCAUGGAACAUCGGAGGUGCAGGUCUUGGACUCAGGACUCUUUGCAUCGCUACAGUGGGAGGGCUUCCUCCAUCUUGUUUGUUUUGGCUAUGCUGUGUCAGGACAUUCCUCACGUUUCCCCCUCUAACACCUUUCAUGCUGAACACAGAGACUGGACUUUUAGCCACCUUACUGUGCACCAAAGUACGGGUGCCGUGUAUGUAGGGGCAGUAAAUCGUAUCUACAAGCUUUCAAGGAACUUAACCCUGCUAGUGUCCCACAACACAGGACCAGGUGAAGAUAACAAGUCGUGCUACCCCCCUCAGAAUGUCCAGCCUUGUAGUGAGCCUCGUACCCUAACAAAUAAUGUGAACAAGCUGCUAAUCAUUGACUAUUUUGAAAACCGUCUCCUUGCUUGUGGAAGCCUUUACCAAGGUGUUUGCAAGCUUCUUCGUCUGGAUGAUCUUUUUAUUUUGGUGGAACCAUCUCACAAAAAAGAGCACUACCUUUCCAGUGUGAAUGAAACGGGCACCAUGUAUGGGGUGAUAGUUCAUUCAGAAGGUCAGGAUGGUAAACUGUUUAUAGGUACUGCUGUGGAUGGUAAACAGGAUUAUUUUCCUACCCUCUCCAGUCGUAAAUUGCCCCGUGACCCAGAAUCAUCUACCAUGUUAGAUUAUGAGCUUUACAGUGACUUUGUAUCGUCCCUCAUCAAAAUACCAUCUGACACACUUGCCUUGAUCUCCCAUUUUGAUAUCUUCUAUAUUUAUGGCUUUUCCAGUGGCAAUUAUGUCUAUUUCCUUACUGUCCAGCCAGAAACCCCAGAAGGCAUCUCUAGCAAUUCAGCAAAUGACCUUUUCUACACCUCUAGAAUUGUCCGACUAUGCAAAAAUGAUCCCAAAUUCCACUCAUACGUUUCCUUACCAGUUGGGUGCACCAAAAAUGGAGUGGAGUAUAGGCUCCUUCAAGCAGCCUACCUUACUAAGCCAGGUGCCACAUUGGCCAGGUCUUUAAAGAUCUCUCCCCAGGAUGAUGUGCUGUUCGCGAUCUUUUCUAAGGGUCAGAAGCAGUAUCACAACCCACCUGAUGACUCAACUCUCUGCAUCUUUCCUAUCAAGACCAUCAAUUCACUUAUUAAGGAGAGACUGCAGUCCUGCUAUCAGGGGGAAGGGAACCUGGAGCUUAACUGGCUUUUGGGCAAGGAUGUUCAGUGCACUAAAGCGCCGGUUCCCAUAGACGACAACUUCUGUGGUUUGGAUAUUAACCAGCCCCUUGGAGGUUCUACAUUGGUGGAAGGAGUUACAUUGUACACAGAAAGUCGGGACAGAAUGACAUCUCUGGCAUCGUACGUCUACAACAACUAUAGUGUCGUAUUUGUGGGCACCAAAAAUGGCAGAGUCAAGAAGAUCCGUGCGGAUGGUCCCCCUCAUGGUGGUAUUCAGUAUGAAGUAGUCACUGUGAUGAGAGACGGAAGCCCGAUCCUGAGGGAUAUGGCGUUUUCUACGGAUAACAAAUAUCUCUAUGUCAUGUCAGAGAGACAGGUGUCUAGAGUGCCAGUGGAGUCUUGUGAGCAAUAUACAACAUGUGGCGAGUGCUUGAGUUCUGGCGAUCCUCACUGUGGAUGGUGUGUUCUGCAUAACAUGUGCUCACGGCGAGAUAAGUGCGAACGAGCUGAGGAACCAUUUCGUUUUGCGGCUAACAUAGAUCAGUGCGUGAAGGUUACUGUGCAUCCCAGCAGUCUUCCAGUCUCGGACUACGAAGUGCCGCUUUCUCUGGAAGUCAGUGAUGUUCCUGACCUUUCUGCUGGGGUAACAUGCUCAAUAGGGAACCUCACUCACGUUGAAGGUGAAGUACACGGCAACCGGAUCAUCUGCAUUUCACCUGCUGCAAAAGAUGUUCCCACCAUACCGGCUGACCAAGACUGGUUUGGGGUGGAGCUUCAGCUAAUCUCCAAAGAGACUGGAAAGACAUUUGUCAGUACAGACUUCAAAUUCUACAACUGCAGUGGCCACCAACUCUGCUUAUCCUGUGUAAAUAGCGCCUUUCGCUGCCACUGGUGUAAAUACCGAAACCUCUGCACCCAUGACCCUACAACAUGCUCCUUUCAAGAAGGUCGUGUCAAUGUUUCUGAGGAUUGCCCACAGCUGGUGCCUACUGAGGAGAUCCUUAUACCUGUAGGAGAAGUCAAACCGAUCACCUUAAAGGCCAGGAACCUUCCCCAACCCCAGUCUGGACAGAGAGGUUAUGAGUGUGUCUUAAACAUUCAGGGUGUGUUACAUCGGAUGCCUGCGCUGCGCUUCAACAGCUCCAGUGUGCAAUGUCAGAACAGCUCGUAUAUCUACGAAGGGAUGGACAUAAGUAAUCUUCCAGUGGAUUUUUCUGUGGUCUGGAAUGGGAAUUUUAUUAUUGACAACCCUCACGAUAUAAAAGUCCAUCUCUAUAAGUGCGCAGCUCAGCGGGAAAGCUGUGGUUUGUGUCUAAAGGCUGACCAGAAGUUUGAAUGUGGCUGGUGUAGUGGGGAAGGACGCUGUACCUUACAUCAUCACUGCAGCUCUCUGCAAAACCAGUGGCUUGAUUGGUCCAGCAGAAAUGUCAAGUGCACCAAUCCCCGAAUCACCGAGAUUUUAACAGUUUCUGGACCCCCUGAAGGAGGUACCCGGGUAACCAUUCGUGGGAUCAACUUGGGUUUGGACUUUUCUGAGAUUGCUCACAAUGUUUUGGUUGCUGGAGUCCAGUGCACACCUGUAGAGGAGGAAUAUAUCAUUGCAGAACAGAUUGUUUGUGAAAUGGGUCACGCUCCCCCAGCCUCCAGUUCAGGCCCAGUGCUCCUCUGCAUUGGAGAGUGCAAGCCUGAGUUCAUGGCCCGCUCUUUGCAGCAGUAUAAAUUUGUGAAUCCAACAGUUACCAGUCUGAGUCCAAGUCGUGGCCCAGAGUCCGGGGGAACCAUGGUGACCAUCACUGGUCACAAUCUUGGAGCCGGUAGCAUUGUCUCAAUACUCCUCGGCAACCAGACGUGUGAAUUUUAUGGGAGGUCUCUCAAUGAAAUAGUCUGUGUGUCGGCACCAUCUGCACAUGGCUUGGGUACUGUGCAUGUGUCUGUCAGUGUGGACAGAGCCCAGCUGGACAGCAAUUUGCAGUUUGAAUACAUUGAUGACCCCAAAGUUCUGCGUAUUGAACCUGAGUGGAGCAUUGCAAGUGGGCAUACAUCCCUGACUGUCACAGGUACCAAUCUAGACAUCAUUCAGGAGCCUAGAAUCCGUGUGAAGUAUAACAGCAAGGAAUCUGUGAACGUCUGCAAGGUUGUUAAUGCUACAAGCCUGACUUGUUGGGCCCCAGCUUUAACCCCAGAGUAUCGUCCUGGGCUUGACACAGUGGAGAGACCAGAUGAGUUUGGUUUUAUCUUUAACAACGUGCAGUCUCUGCUGAUUUUCAACAACACCAAGUUCAUCUAUUACCCCAAUCCAACAUUUGAGCUUCUCAGCAACACCGGAGUCCUUGAGCAAAAACCUGGGUCUCCUAUCAUACUGAAGGGGAGAAACCUAUGUCCACCGGCGGCAGGAGGAGCCAAGCUGAAUUACACAGUAUUCAUUGGAGAGACACCGUGUGCUGUCACCGUGUCUGAGACGCAACUUCUCUGCGAGUCACCAAACCUCACUGGCCAGCACAAAGUGACUGUCCACGUUGGUGGCAUGAUAUUCUCCCCGGGUUCCGUCAACAUAAUUUCCGAUAGCCUCCUCACACUUCCCGCUAUCGUCAGCAUCGCUGCUGGAGGAAGUUUACUCCUUAUCAUCGUCAUUAUCGUGCUAAUUGCUUACAAACGCAAAUCCAGAGAGAACGAUCUUACACUAAAGAGGCUACAAAUGCAGAUGGAUAACUUGGAAUCACGAGUGGCCUUGGAGUGCAAGGAAGCUUUUGCCGAGCUUCAGACAGAUAUAAAUGAACUCACCAGUGAUUUGGACCGCUCUGGGAUACCGUACCUUGAUUAUAGGACCUACGCAAUGCGUGUUCUGUUUCCUGGCAUAGAGGACCACCCUGUGCUUCGGGAACUUGAGGUGCAGGGUAACGGACAACAGAAUGUGGAAAAAGCCUUAAAACUCUUUGCACAGCUAAUCAACAACAAAGUUUUUCUGCUGACAUUCAUCCGAACCCUAGAGAUGCAGCGGAGUUUUUCUAUGCGCGACCGUGGAAAUGUGGCGUCCCUUAUCAUGACGGCCUUGCAGGGGAAGUUGGAAUAUGCCACUGAUGUCCUAAAGCAGCUGCUUUCUGAUUUGAUAGAAAAAAAUCUAGAGAACAAGAACCACCCCAAGCUAUUACUCCGCAGGACGGAAUCUGUAGCAGAGAAGAUGUUAACAAACUGGUUUGCUUUUCUUCUCCACAAAUUUCUCAAGGAGUGUGCAGGGGAGCCGCUUUUCAUGCUACAUUGCGCCAUCAAGCAGCAAAUGGAGAAAGGACCAAUUGAUUCCAUCACAGGUGAAGCUCGCUACUCACUGAGCGAAGACAAGUUGAUCCGACAGCAGAUCGAGUAUAAAACGCUGAUUCUGAAUUGUGUAAACCCCGACAAUGAGAACAGUCCAGAGAUCCCUGUGAAGGCUUUAAAUUGUGAUACUAUUACUCAGGUCAAGGAGAAAAUCCUUGAUGCCGUGUAUAAAAACGUACCUUAUUCUCAGAGGCCAAGGGCUGUGGAUAUGGACCUGGAAUGGCGGCAGGGACGCAUAGCCAGGGUCGUAUUACAGGACGAAGACAUCACCACCAAGAUAGAAGGAGACUGGAAGAGAUUAAACACCCUCAUGCAUUAUCAGGUCUCAGACCGGUCAGUUGUAGCCCUUGUUCCCAAGCAAACAUCAUCCUACAAUAUCCCAGCUUCAGCCAGCAUCUCCAGAACAUCAAUUAGCAGAUACGAUUCUACAUUCCGUUAUACGGGAAGCCCUGAUAGCCUUCGCUCACGAGCUCCCAUGAUAACGCCAGAUCUAGAGAGUGGAGUCAAAGUUUGGCAUCUUGUAAAGAACCAUGAGCAUGGAGACCAGAAAGAGGGCGAUCGUGGAAGCAAGAUGGUUUCUGAAAUCUACUUGACACGACUAUUGGCCACUAAGGGCACCCUGCAAAAAUUUGUUGAUGAUUUAUUUGAGACCCUGUUUAGCACUGUGCACCGAGGCAGUGCCCUCCCCCUCGCCAUUAAGUAUAUGUUUGACUUCCUGGAUGAGCAGGCUGACAGACACAGUAUUUACGACACUGACGUGAGGCACACAUGGAAAAGUAAUUGCCUACCGCUACGGUUUUGGGUGAACGUCAUCAAGAACCCGCAAUUUGUGUUUGACAUACAUAAAGGAAGCAUUACGGAUGCCUGCCUUUCUGUCGUUGCGCAAACUUUCAUGGACUCUUGUUCCACCUCAGAACAUCGACUAGGCAAAGACUCUCCUAGUAACAAGCUGCUGUAUGCCAAGGACAUCCCCAACUACAAGAACUGGGUGGAGAGAUAUUAUGCUGACAUUGCCAAGCUACCAGCCAUCAGUGACCAGGAUAUGAACGCCUACCUCGCAGAGCAGUCUCGCAUGCAUGCAGCAGAAUUCAACAUGUUGAGUGCACUAAACGAGAUCUACUCAUACGUCAGUAAAUACAGUGUAGAGCUCAUCACAGCCUUGGAACAGGAUGAGCAGGGGCGUCGACACCGUUUAGCCUACAAAGUCGAGCAACUUAUAGGAGCUAUGAGUUUUGACAGCUGAACUUUACUGAUUCCUGAUGACCACAGAAAGGGGAGAGACUCCUGACAGAGACUCAAAAUAGAGGAUCAGGAUUCCCAGCACUUUCCUUCCAACUGUGAACACCUACAGGAAUCAUUAAUAGGACUUACAGUAGCUUGGCACUCUCAGAAACAAAGAAAGCAGUCGAACCUGUUCAACGGACGUAAUUCCUUGUAUUUGAAGACUACAAAGGAAUUUCCAUGAGCCUGACAGGCUGCUGAUUGCAUGUUCUAAUGUAAAUUAAGACUACAAAACAAGAAAAGACUUGAUUGCUCUGUUUGUUUGUUUGUUGGUUUGGUUGAUUGAUUAGCUUGUUUUCUCUUCAACAGACUCAUUAUUUUUUAAUUAUUAUUUAUUGGUAUUUUUGGGGGUCAAAUAAGGGAAAGAGAACAUUAUUUUCAUGCCUGGUUGGGAAAACAAAGGGAAAUUUUAAAAUGAUGUUUUAGAUUUUAUCAUUAUCAACCAGACAAUUUUGGCAUUUUUUGCACCGGUUCAUUGGAUUGCUUUCAAGUUUUUUUUUGUAAAAACAAAUGAACAGUGGCAAUCUGGGGUAGUGUCCAACAUGCUACCACAAUCACCUUGCUUAUUGAUGGAUAGUGAACCCUAAACUUCCAUGCAGUUCUAUUGACAGUUACUUCAGAUACACCAGCUAUUUCAAUUACGCUUUCCUCAGAGUAAAGUAUUUUUUCAUAAGAUUUUAUGUUUACUGAGCCUUCACUAUUCAUUUCAUUCCAUUGUUUACCUCAGAUGUGACCAAGGGCAGAACUAAAGACUUUUUUUUUCAGUAAUAUACUUAUCAGUGGAAGUGCUUCAGAUAACUAAUGCGCAAAAACAAAUCAAAGUCAUUCUCAUGUCUACUCUCCCAACAUUAUUUCCAUCAAGAUGUCACACCUAAAAGAAGACAAAAUGAAGAAAGAAAAGCAGAUUAAAAAUUAAAACUGUAACUUGUUAUAAUUUACCUAAUUUUUGGUAAUAUCAUAGCCAUGCUUUCUUUGGGUUGGCAUUUGGGAAUAUCAAACAGAACGUUAGAUCAAGCCCACGGAACAGAAGCACUUGAUUUUAUGCUCUACUGUUAUUUUAAAUGUUGGUAAACAUGACAUUUUAUCAUUUCUAAAUAUGGGCCUUUUCUUAAAAAUAUGUUUUUAUUUUUAUCAUAAAAGCCAAUUAUAUGUGCCAAGAAAGACUAACAUUAAUACAAAUUUUAUAAACACUACACAUCCUCAAAGUAGGGGCAUAUUUUUUUGUAGGCCAACUAGGCCUUUGCCUAUGGCAGAAGGGUUUAUGGAGGCAGCACAUUUUGAGGAGCAUUUCUAUUGCAUAGACUUAUGAUCGCAGGGGAUAACCAUUCCAUGUUCCAAUGACAUUCAUUUUCAAGACAUAUGUAAGGCAAAAAUUAGGUGAGGGACAGGAGGCAGCAAAUGUCCCAGUGUCUUGGACAACACUAAAUCUAAAUAUGCCUCUGAGUCAAAGUCAAAUCUAAAUAAAUUAAGUUUUAACAGCCAAUACAAUGUUAGUUACAUUUCGAAACCGAUAAUUAAUAUGUGUUGUCAUCCACAUACCAACUGGUAAGCUACUGGCUUAAGAGAUACGUAUUAAGAGAUAUUUUAUUUUAAAAUGUUUGUCUUCUGGCCAAGAUAGACAACUUUUGAAGAUGAAAAGUUUAGACUUUGUUUGAUUGCAAAACUUGGUCACGCUUAGACCAAAAAGCAUUACCAGAUUUGCUAAAUUCAAGGAAAAAACAACGAGGCGACUUCAGUUUUGCAGACACCUGAUUAUCUUAGAAUAAGAAUUACAUUUUUCAAUUUACAAUUGUAUUGUUAGUUAUUGUUAAUGUUUAAAUCCUUGUCGAGAGUUACCGUAAAUUUUGUUCAUCACAUUUGUCUUUCAUUUACAAUAUUAUGCAGUAGGACCCUCUCAGGGAACGGUCUUUAUGAGGGCCAAUUAAUUACGUAAAUUCAUGUUAUUAAAAUUAGUGACACCUUCCUCUUAUGCAAGAACAGUGUGUGUUACUGACGUAAUUCUUAUUAGUCUUAAAUGUCAAAUGGUAUGCUCGUAAGUAUUUUUACAUUUACUGCAAGAUAGAACCCAAAUGUAUUUUUAUACGCACAUAAAAGGUAGUAUUGUGAUAUUGUAAAGAUAAUGGUCUACAUCCAUUUCAAAAUAGAACUUCCUGUGCUAUAUAACAGAGCAGGGGUGAUUUCAUCUUAUAUUAGUGGUUAUGCACCAUAUGUUAUUGCAGAACAUUUAAAGUUUUGUUACCCUGGAUAGGCAUAUUCAAUGGUAGGAAUUUACUCAAUGUUAGCCUAUGGUUAAUAAGAAUGAGCUAAUUGUAAAAUAAAUAAACCUAUGUAGAAAUGAACAUACUGCAACUAUAAUAGGCCCUCGAUAUUCAUUUUAUCUCCAUGGAUACAUAUAAGACUAGCCGUGUAAAGACAUUAAGGCCUUUCAUUCAUACAGGUUUAUUGCUUAAAAGGAUUUUGUCACCUAUUCUCUCAACUUUACCCUUGGGUCAUCUAAUGUGCCGUGCAUUAUCUGCCAUUUCCUGCUACUUGUUUGGUGUCUGGUCAAAUGUUUUGCCCGUAAAUUUGUUUCUUACAAUGAUAUGUUUACAACAGCUAUUACUUGAACUAGCUAUGGAUAUUUAUUUUUUAUUGUUCUUGGUUUUUAAUUUACAGUCUCAGAUUAUUUGCUUCUCUUCAUAAAUGUGUUAUUUUGAUGUUCUACAUAUUGCUUUUAACAACAUUCCUUAGUUGCUGAUUGUACAGUGGUCAACAAGAUGCGACGUGUCUUCUGCUAUAUAGUCACCUAUUAAUUUAUUAACAAAACAAACUAGUUAAAGUCUAGAAAAAAUCACCCAUACAAGCAGUAUAGUCUGAGAGAAUAUUUUUUUAGAACCAGUAGAAUGUGAUAAUGAAUCUGAUAUGGUUAUUAUUUGCUAUAAUGCGAUUUAUGUUGAGAUACCAGUUGGAGCUCCAAUGUUGUGAUGAUUAUAUUUGAAAAAGACACUCAUGAGGUCCUAAAAUCUACCAUCUUUUUCCAUGGAUUUCUUGGUCUGCUAAAAGCUAGGCCAUGUAUCUUCUCCAUAAAAAGUGUUUAAUUCAUACAAAACUAAUUUGCUAGUAUAAUCCACAUUUCUUUUCUGUAACUACAAACCAAAGCCCCCACUACAUUUUCUGCAAAGUGAUCCUUAGCACUGAGUGCAAAACGCUAGUUGGUGAGCUCUUUUGCGCCAAGUGUUAUACGAGUGACUGGUGGUCUCCUGUCCUAUCAUUUUACAGUGUACUAUCUUUUUUGUCAUCUACCAAUGCAGAAUGUUUUUGGAUGGUCAUCAGUCACUCCUAUGUUAUUUAAAAUAUGUACAUUCCCAUUACAUCCAACUUCUUAGGAUAUUCCUUAAGUGUCUCAUUUUGGAUAUCCUUGUCUUUUUGCCCACAAUUAGCUAUAGCUCAACUCAUAUAGAUUAUAUUUAGUGGGGGGUAAAAUUUAGAUUAUUUAGAAGUUUCUUACAAACACCCUGUGCCAAAACCUGGAGAGUUCACACCACAUUAUUCCACACUGGGCUUUAUUUACUUUACAGCUGAUGACAUUUCUAUAACUAACCAAACCAACCUAUCAGAUUGCAGAGUCUAAACUUUGGGGGUCCCUCCAAUGCCACUGCACUUCUGUAUGAUAGAGUUCUGUGUCUGUUGCUUUGUCUAUUAUUUUUUAUGUUUGACCUGCUUUCUGUCAUUUUUACCAGUGUCGUGAAAACAAAUUGUAAGAAAGUUUUAAUUAUUUAAAAAAAAAGUUCUGAAACAAAAAAAGUUUUCUUAUUAUUUUAAUAUAUUAUUGUGUACCUAUUGUAAAUAUGAAACAACUCCUAUUUUGCAAGCCAAGGACCCACUUUGUACUAUUGUUAUAUAUAAAUAAAGUUUACUGGAUAAAAUA